CGCGGUCCCGGUCUCCCGGCAGCGUCGCGUCGGCCGGUCGGUUACGCCAAAGAACCGGCCGCCGGUAGUAAGUAGUGUGUCUCCGCGGGUCUACGAAAUACGUGCGCCGCACAGGUGUUCGCGCUGCUACCAUAUAAUAUAUUCUACACGUAGAUCUGCACAUACACAUAUUAUAACGAUACAUAGGUACUUAACGUAAAUAAUAUUAUCAAUAUAAUUAUCGAUUUUCCGUACGCAUUAUCGAUAUAUUCAAGGAACCUCCGCAAGGUGCACGGGCAUUUUUUUUUUGUCUGAGUUCCGAUUUUCCGUCUCCGCUUCACUCGUCCGCGUGAUCGAGACCGCGUCGAGCGUGCAAUUCCGGGAUCGUUCCGAUUAACCCCUUCAGCGCUCUUGCGACCGUCGUCGCUGCGGUCAUCCGCGGUAUCCGUGCGGUUGUCGUCGCAGCCGCAGCCCACACACGCGCCAGUAAUGUGCGACCGGCGACCUGCGAAAAAUCACUAAACGAAAAACUGACACAUUGCAAAACGUGACACGAGGAAUAUGAUCGUUUUCGCGAGCCGGAAAAACGUUUGAUCGAUACGGGGGCACAGCAACCAGCUGCUUUAGCGUUUAUCGACGCUUAUUCCUACCACCGGAUACGAUCUCUCCGACGUCAUCGGCGCCGUACUAUUCAUCCGGCUUGAAUCAAUGAUGCUAGAGAUGGGCGACAAGACCGCCGCUGCAUGGACCGCUUGGUGGAUCCUCACGUUUUCUUUGGUGCACAGCGCUGUGAGCGUUGGUGGUGGUGGAGGUGGUGGCGGUGCCAGUGACAUUUGGCCGCUGGAGCGGCCCGAUGGCAUGCCGGUGAUUCAGUCACUGGAGGUGAUGUGUGGCAAGGACCACAUGGACGUGCAUUUGCAGUUCACACAUCCGUUCGAAGGCAUCGUUUCAUCCAAGGGACAGUACGCUGACCCGCGGUGUGUGUACGUGCCGCCGUCCACCGGAAAGACGUUCUUCACUUUCCGCAUAGCGUACGCGCGGUGUGGCACCAAGCCUGACCUCAACGGUCAAUUCUACGAGAACACUGUGGUUGUCCAGUACGAUAAGGACCUGCUGGAAGUGUGGGACGAGGCCAAGCGGUUGCGGUGCGAGUGGUACAAUGAUUACGAAAAGACUGCGUCCAAACCACCCAUGGUCAUCGCCGACCUGGACGUUAUACAGUUGGACUUCAGAGGUGAUAACGUCGAUUGUUGGAUGGAAAUACAACACGGAAAAGGACCAUGGGCUCCACCAGUUAGCGGUAUAGUGCCUUUGGGUUCUACGUUAACGUUAGUGGUAGCCAUCAAUGAUUAUAGAGGUGAGUUUGACAUGAGAGUGAAAUCUUGCGCCGCGUCCGACGGAGGCGGGCACGUCAUUCAGCUGACGGACGACCAGGGGUGCGUGUUAAGACCAAAAAUGAUUAGUGGGUUCCUCAAAGCUCGGACUUCAGACGAACGAGCGUCCGUCAUCACUUACGCGUUCUUCCACGCCUUCAAGUUCCCGGAUGCGCUUAGCGUGCAUAUCCGCUGCAAAGUGGAGAUUUGCCGUCAUGGUUGCCUGGAUCACUGUCAGACAGACGAACGUGCAUCGGCCGGACAUUUACUUCAGCAGCAGCAACAGCAACAGCUCCAGUAUGGGCCGGUGGAUAGGAAGGACCAGCAAAACGAUCGGUUGGACUACGUCCAAACGGUCGUGGUCAACACGGACCAGCCCAGUGCUCAAGCGCAGAUGGCGGUGCACACUCCGUUCGAUACCACCAGUCACAAUAACAAGCCACAACCUGGUCAAAACAAGGAGACGUUGAAUCGGGACGGUUUCCCGCACGGACCACGAAACCUUGACGACGGUGUAGUCGCACCAUCGGAAGGCAGCGGCGAUGAAAAACAGCAACCAGCCGCGACGCCAGCGUCCUCCAAUAACGGAACAGCGGGUGACCAGACGGCCUCGGGCGUCGCGCAUCUGCAGAGGCGCCGGCGCCGGCGUUCUGUGAACGUUUCGGACGCUGGCAACGCGGAUGUGGGCGUCAGUGGGUUGUACGACGUCAUAUCACAAUCGGACCUGGCGUUCACGCCGGACACCAAGACGGACAGCGAGGCAGUAACCAUAUUCCAGGGACGGAUCCGUGAGGACGUGGUGUACGGCAUUUGCAUGCCGGUACACGGGUUUGGCGCGCUGUUCGUAAUGUUCGCGGGUUCAGCGAUCGUGUCCGUUGUGGUGGCCGGGUUCCAGUUGCACAAGUACCAGGUGAGGCGGGAGACGCAAAAGAUGAUGUCCGUCCAGGCGCACCAGCACAGCGUGGCUGCGGCCGCCGUAGCCGCCGGUGGAGGUUACAUACACAACUCGCUUGCCGGCAUCGUGGCACUGAACAAACUGAUCGCGUCCAAAACGGCCGCCGCCACCGCAGUCCAAACCAGACGAAACAGCUAAUCGACUACUAUUAAUAUUAAUAAUAUUAUAUACUGCUAUAUAUUAUAUACACAUUACUACUACGAUGACGACGACGAUCAAGCUUUUCACACAUAAAAACGAGAUGGUUGUCAUUAUUAUUAUUAUAAAUUAUCAUCAUCGUCAGUAUCGUUGGUGCACAUAUAAAUUACACGCAUCUAUAACGUUAUCGUGGCUGGAUUUAUGGAUAUGGGGGAGAGGGGUGACCCAUUGCAUAAAAGCACACAGAAUAAUAUAAUUAAAAAUAUUUUUUCACUUUUUACUUACGCAUAACCUAACUGAAAAGAGAAAUAGAUUUUCAUUGAUCUUUAUUCUACAAUUUUUUCCGAGAUAAUAAUACUACUACACUAAUAUAAUAUUACCAGGGUCGUAUUUAGGGGUGGAGGAAACCCCUGGUUGGUUGUUUCCCUGGUCCCUAAUUUUGAGGGAGUGGACAUUUCUUUUUUACUUAUUAUUGUUUUGAUCCUCUCAUAGUCUCAUGACUCCAUUAACUUAGUUACUUCCUACAGUUAAUAUUAUAAUAUUUAAUAUUUUGAUAUUUUUUACCGUAAUCUAUACAUAAUAUUGACAUUAUUUAUUAUAUUGUAAUUGAAGAAUUGUGUGUGUCACAAUCCAGGAAGAUUUAAAUUAUUUUAUUAUACUUUUUUUUUUUUAACUGAUAGAUUCAUUUUUACCAGUUAAUUUGACGAAAAAUCCCUAAACACGGCCCUGGAUAUAAGUGUAUUCGUAUCACUCUACAUCGUUUAUAAAGGCCUAACAUGAACAAAAAUACACAAAAUAUUAUAGUCUACCAUCAAAAAUUUUCACUAUUCGUUAUACGAAUUAUAUUAUAAUUUAUAGUAGUAUAUUUAGAUUCUUAAUAAAGCUUUCCAGGGCAGCCCACCAUAUAAUAAAUUCCAUCUUAGAACGUCAUAUUAUACCUACCGCCACGUGCGAGCGUACAUAUAUACUAAAAUACUCCGACUUUUAUUGUGAUGUAAUAUAUUAUAGUACCCCUUGAUGCU